CAACACUACAAAUACUACUGACAUGUUUUAUUUAAUUGGUUUGGGCUUGGGAGAUCCCAAGGACAUUACAGUAAAAGGCCUUGAAAUUGUAAAACAAUGUAGUCGUGUAUAUUUGGAAAUGUAUACAUCAAUAUUGGGCUGUCCCAAGGAGGAAUUGGAAGCAUUUUAUGGACGUCCAGUAUUGUUGGCAGAUCGUGACCUUGUCGAACAGGGUGCUGAUGAAAUAUUAGCUGGCGCUGCCGAGGAAGAUGUGGCCUUGUUGGUUGUGGGCGAUCCAUUUGGCGCCACUACGCACACCGACUUCAUAUUGAGAGCCAAAGAAAAGAAAAUCCCCUAUAAAGUGAUACACAAUGCGUCCAUUAUGAACGCCAUCGGUUGCUGUGGCCUUCAGCUGUACAAAUUUGGCGAAACUGUAUCCAUACCCUAUUGGGAUGAAACCUGGAAACCCGAUAGCUUUUAUGAUAAAAUCAAGCUGAAUCGUUUGCACAAUAUGCACACACUGUGUCUGCUGGACAUCAAGGUCAAGGAACCCACACUUGAAUCGUUGAUGCGGGGGAGAAAAGAAUAUAUGCCACCACGUUUUAUGACCGUGGCCGAAGCUGCUCAGCAGCUAUUGGCCAUAGUCGAUAAAAAGGAUGCUUUGGAACGUAAUACAAUACUGAAUGACCAAUCGUUGUGUGUGGGCUUGGCACGUGUCGGUCAUGACAAUCAACAAAUUGUAGUUCGAACGUUGCGAGAUAUGGCUUCCACUGAUAUGGGAGGUCCAUUGCAUUCUCUUGUCAUACCCGCCAAAGAAAUGCAUCCCUUGGAAGUGGAGUUUUUACAACAAUAUGCUGGUGCGCUUAAAUUAGAGGAUUACAAUCAUUAGAUAACUACAGCUCUACUCAGAAA